ACUCUUCUAAGCGGUUUUCACGUGGAGGGCCAUGGGGGGAUUUAGUCGACGUGUCCUUAGCUCAAUGUAUUCCGGACUGCAUGUGUAAAGUGAAUGGAGGAGCGAUAUUGGCCAUAUGUUUUACACACAUUACAUUCAACAGAAUAAAAGUCAAAACUGGUGCAAUUUUACCCGUGCCUAGAUUACGAAAAUAGAGGAUUUAGUGGAAAAACAAGUGCUCAUAUUAUGUCAAGUGAACGUGGAGAUACCUUGAUGGAGGAAGAGCCGUGCAGAGUGGAUAAGUGGAACGGGACGGCGGUCAAGAACGCCUUGGAUGAUGAUAUCCGGAGGAUAUUCACCAAAGUGUUUGAAUACGAAGAGAACCAUUCUUUGAUCGAUAACCGUCUUGUCCUCUGCAGCGUAGCCUGCAUGUUCGCCAUCGUAGCUCUCAUCUACGACUACCUCAAUCCGUUUCCUGAAUCCAGAACUGUCCUUGCCUUCUGUGUGCUAGCUUAUUUUGCCAUGAUGUCAUUGUUGACCUUGUAUACGACCAUGAUAGAGAAGAAUCACUUUUUGGUGACGAAUCAGAAGGAUCCUGCCGGUAUUGACCCGAGUGAUACCUGGUGUUGUGACUCCUAUAUGAAGAGGUUCGACGACGAGUACAAUCUUGUUCUUCAGUUUGAGGAUGGGAUAUCAAAGGAGAAAAGAGAAAGCAGCAUCACAAAAUCGGUCGGGGCCUGGUUUGAUGAGAGUGGUCUGCUUCUACAUGACCGUUUCCAAAGUGAUGUAUGUAAGCUGCACGAUAGUUUGUUGGCGGAGAAGAAAGACAAGUAGUCCCCCCCCCCCCCACAUUUCAUCUUGUUAGGUGGUAAUACUCAUAGCCAUGGUUUUUAAUUAAUCCUAGGUUAACUUUGACUACAGAUUUAUGGAGUGCUAGUUGCCAACCAAUAAACUUUUAAAGGGAAAUGAAACCUUUGGAACAAGUUGGCUUGUGUGAAAACAGAAAUAUCAAAGAAUAAGAACAAAGAAAGUUUGAGAAAUAUCGGACAAAUGAGAAAGUUAUUAGCAUUUGAAUAUUGCAAUCACUAAUGCUAUGGAAAUUCUCCCACUGGCAAUGCGACAAGGAUAUAUGAUGUUACAUGUGAACAACUUUCCCUUUGAUCGACUCUAAAAAAAACCAAAAUGUCUCUUUUUGCUUUUUCUUAUGGUGAUACAAACUCUUCAUCCAUGAUGUAUUCUUUGAAAAUCUAUAUUACAUGCUCUCCUAUAGAAAGAACACAUGAUCUACUGAUAGAUGUGAUAAAAGAGGCAGUUUAAGUGAAAUAUAUACUAAAGUAAUGGGGAGAGUUGUUCACAAGUAACAUCACGCAUCUUUGUCGCAUUGCCAAUGGGAGCAUCUCCAUAGCAUUAGUGAUCGCAAUAUUCAAAUGCUUAUAACUUUCUCAUUAUUUGUCUGAUUUUUCUAAGACUUUCGUUGAUCUGUUCCUUUGAUUUUUCUAUUUUCACACAAGCUAUCUUGUUCCAAAGGUUUCAUUCUCCUUUAAGUAAAAGUUGUUAUCAGCCUUCAGCAAAAAGCAGUCCCCCAAAAAAAUUGUGUUGUGAAAUGAGACGAAUAUGUUUUAUUCAGAAUGCAAUUACUUGCAAAAGUUUCUUGUACCUUAUCUUUAUCAUGAUUAUUGAAGGAUUAAGUUGAAACCCAGCAUUCCAUAGAAGCAUGGACUAUAUUUCUUGUUUAUUCUUUGGUUGAACCAAGGUUUAAUUAUCAGAAUACCUAUAUUUGCCUUUACUUUAGAGAAUGAGUCAUUCCUGUUUUACAGUCGGCCAUCUUUGGAUUUCAUUGGAAGUGAAAUAUGAUUUGCUGGAUAGUUCUCAUUGGCAUCAUGUUUAUUUCACAUUUUUUCUUCACCAGUAGUAUCAUUAAGUCCAACUAUUUAUUUAGAUGUAAUACUGUACAUCUGAAGCUCUUAGGGGGUGUUGCAAGGAAAUAUUUGCAAUCAAUCACAAAUUUCAGAUGCAGAUUUACAAACGGUACAUCGAUUUUAACUGGAGCAAAUCAAAUUAUAUUUGUUGAUGUAUGAAGCAGACCAUUGAUCAAUUGCAAAUUUGCGAUGAAAUAGAUUAAUUUUAAUUGAUUUGAGGAUGUGAAAUUGACUUGCGAUCAAUUGCAGGUUUCUUGCAACACACCAUUAGAGUGCCUAGUGUGUGUUUCAACCAAUUGCAUUUAUUGUUAUCAAACGUUAUUUCCACAGAAUCAAGAUAAUGUAUUUCAGAUGUAUGAUCUCAACAUAUUGUGUAUUUUAAUGUAAAUGCAGUGUCAGCUGAAGCAUACAGUACGUUGUAAAUCUAUGUGUACGGUAGACUCUACAUAACUUGUACUUCCUGACCAAGGUGCUACAUAAGAACUUGCCCGAUUUCCUGGGGCAAGUAAAAGUUAGAGUCGGGCAAGUGUUUUUAAGUAAAGACCAAAACUACUUGCCCGAAUUGGGCAAGCAAAAUUCACACAGUAGAAAGCUAAAUUCUCACAGUAGAAUGACCAAAAUUAGGGUCGAUAUAUGAUUUUGACCCUAAUUUUGGUCAUGGCAGGCAAGAUAAAAUCACUUUGGAAAAAGAAAUGCAAUAACAAGGUAGAUCAGUUCAUGUCAAAAGAGAGAAAAAGGACAAUGGUUUACAAAACCGCAAAACUUUCUUUUGAAGAGGUACAUGUAAAACUGUUUUUUCAAGGAUUUUUUCGGGCAAGUGAAAUAGAUUUUUGGGCAAGUAUAUUCCAACUAUUUGAAAAUUUACUUGCCCGACCGGGCAAGCGCUUCUAAUGAGUUAUGUAGCACCCUGCUGACAUAUAAGAAUCUUUAUUUCAGACCAGAAUAUGCAUUUUUAAAAAAUAACAUUGCCCUUUAAAAGGUCGAAUGAACCAGCAGACUAAAGAGUUCCCACCUCAAGUACAUAUGUGCACAAUGCACAUACAGGUUUUUCAUGUUAAAGGAGAAUGAAACCCUUGAAACCAGCUGAAUCCAUAUCAAAGAGAAAAAUCAAAGAAACAUAUUGUUGAAAGUUUGAGGAAGAUUGAAUGAAUAAUAAGAAAGUUAUGAGCAUUCGAAUAUUGAGAUCACUAGUGCCAUGUAGAUCCUCCCAACGGCAAUGCGACCAAGAUCUGUGAUAUCACACACGUACAACUCCCUCAUUACUUUAGUACUUAUUUCACUUAUAUUCUCACUUUUAUAGAGUCUAUCACAAGGUGAGGUGUUCUCUUUAUGAGAUGACAAGUACAGAGGUUUCACAACAUUAUAUCAUUGAUGAAUCGUUUGUCAUAUGAUUAGAAUGAGCAAAAAGAGAUGUUUUGGGGUAUAUUUUCAGUGUCCAAAUGGGAGAGUUGUACGUGUGUGACAUCACAGAUCUUGGUCGCAUUGCCAAUGGGAGGAUCUCCAUAGCAUUAGUGAUCUCGUCAUUCAAAUGCUCAUAACUCUUUUAUUGCUAGUCCUAUUUUUCUCAAAGUUUUGUUGAUCUUAUUCUUUGAUUUUUCUGCUUUCACAAAAGCUAACUUGCUCCAAGAGUUUCAUUCUCCUUUAAGAUACCAAUUUUACUUGAACUACAAAUACUUGAUGAUUAAUUGAUUUGUUAAACUACUGUUAAAUUACUAUUUCAUUGGAAUGGUUUGAGGAUAUGAAUGUAAUGCAGGAACAAAUUCUGUGUGUAAUUUCCAUGGAUAUGUUCCGGUCGGUUCUGAUAUGGGUUUUAGUUAGCUUCUUUUACUUGAGCCUCCAUUGCUCAGAAUAUGUACAAUUAUACGAGGCAAUUUCCUUUCUAUGUAGUAGGUAAUUCAUAUACUUUGUUUUACUUGUUUUGUCAAAUUGUUCCUUCAUUUGUUUUGUCAAUAAAUUGUUGCUCCAUUCCACAAUUCAA